ACACACACACACACAGAGAGAGAGAGAGAGAGAGAGAGAGAGAGAGAGAGAGAGAGAGAGAGAGAGAGAGAGAGAGAGAGAGAGAGAGAGAGAGAGAGAGAGAGAGAGACGAUGGAUCGGAGGAGGAUCAGGGUGCUCCUGGUGGAGGACGAGGAGAUCCACAGGGUUCUGGCAAGAGCGGUGCUGAGGGCGGCCGGCGUGGAGGCGGAUGAGGCGGAGAACGGCGCCGAGGCGGUGCGGCGCGUGCGGGAGCGCGUCGGGGGCGGCGGCGCGUACGAUCUCAUCCUCACGGACAAGCAGAUGCCGGUCAUGGACGGCCACGAGGCGACGAGGCAGAUCCGGGCGAUGGGGGUGACCACGCCCAUCGUCGCCGUGUCCAGCGACAGCCUCCCGUCGGACGUCCAGGCCUUCACCGCCGCCGGCGCCGACGACUUCACGCCCAAGCCCCUGACGAAGGAGAAGGUGGGCCACAUUCUCUCCAAGUUCGGGCUUGCGUAGCGGCCAUUAACUAGUACGGUACUUAGCUUGGUUCAGGACGCGAACAUGCUUGAUUCCUGCAGAUGACGAGGCACAGGUGCCCUUUCGACGACAGAACAUGAGGUGCCACACUACCUCCCCUGCUUCCCGUACGUAGAUGGAUUAGUGCUAG